AUGAACGACAUCCCCAAAACGCAAAAAGCAAUCUGGGUACAAAACCCCGGGCCCAACGGCACCGUCGCGCUUCGCAGUGACAUCCCCACCCCGCAGCCUGGCGACGGGGAGAUGCUCGUGAAGAUCCAAUACUCGGGAAUCUGCGGAUCUGACCUGCGCAACCUUCAUGGCAUGAGCAAAUAUACAUCCAUUCCCGGCCACGAAGGCGUCGGGACGGUCGUGCAACUCGGGCCCAACGUAUCAUCGUGGUACUUGCAUCGACGGGUAGGCAUAAAAUGGGUCUGGAGGUCCUGCGGGUCAUGUUCGCUAUGUCGCAAGGGCGAGGUGAAUCACUGCCCCGCACAGCUCAACACGAGCCGCAGUGUGCAUGGCACGCUGCAAGAGUAUGCGCUUGCGCGGCCAGAGUUUAGUAAUCUAAUCCCAGAGGCGUUGAGGUCGGAAGAUGCGGCUCCAUUGCUAUGUGCAGGGCAUACUCUAGCGGGUGCGGUGUCAAAGUUGGAUAGAUUGGGGAGGGGGGAUGCAGUGGUUGUGCUUGGGGCUGGCGGUGGAUUGGGGCAUUUGGGGGUGCAGAUGGUGAAGAUGGAUGAGAGGGGUUUGAAGGUGAUUGCGGUGGAUGCAGGGGAGGAGAAGGGGAUGUUGUGUCGGGAGCUAGGUGCAGAGGAGUAUAUUAAUAUCGAGAGUGAGAGUGAUAUUGAGACGAGGGUGAAGGAGUUGACGGAUGGAGAGGGCGCGCAAGGGGUGAUUAUUGUAUCUGGCGCCGAGGAGGCGUUUAGGCUGGCACCACGGCUGGUGAGGAAUGGAGGUACGAUUGUGGUAGUUGGACUGCCACGCAACGAUUUCCAGUUCCCUAUGGCGCCGAUUGAGAUCAGUGCGAGGGGGUUGACGGUUAUUGGGACGAGUGUGGGCACCGAAAAGCAGAUGGAGGAACUUUUGGAGAGUGCGGCGCGGGGGCUGGUGGUGCCUAGGAUUGAGGUUUAUGCGCUGGAGGAUGCACCAAGGGCGUUUGAGAAGUUGGUCAAGGGGGAGGUGGUUGGACGAUGUGUGGUGAGGGUUUCUGAAUAG